AUGAUUAUUUGGAUAAUUUUACUUCUAAAUUGUUUAAUUCAUAAAUUAAAGAUUUUUAAAUUAAAAAUAAUCUCUAAAUUAGAUGUGAGAAAUGUACUUCAGACUGUUUUUGAUAGAUCUUUUUUCAGAAAUAUAUUAAAAUGGAGUAAUUUGUUUUUAAACUACUUAAAUUUUUUUAAAGAAAAGAAAAAUAAUAAUAAUGACUUAAAUAAAAAAAUAAGUAAGAUACCUAAGCAUAUAUACAUUGUAUUAAAAAUCAAUGAUGUCAUUAUUUUGAAUAAAAAAAAACUUUUAAAUUAUAUUUUGAGUAUAAUAAUAUAUUUAUAUGAGUUGAAAGUAAAAUAUGUGACAAUAUAUGUAUCUGAUUAUUUUUUUAAUUCAUUCUUUUACGAUGAUCUAACGAAAUAUUUAUUUGAACGUAGUUUUUUUAUGAAAGCAUUAAUUAAAAAUAACUGUAAUAAUAACAAUAAUUAUAUUUCUUAUAAUUUGUCUGAUGAAUUUAUAAUAGCAAAGUUUUCGUACCCUGAUAAAAAAUUAUCCUUUUAUAAUUUAUUUCAUAAAAAAAAAAAAAAAAAUUGUUCCAAAACAUAUUACACAUAUGAAAAAAAUUCUCUUUAUUUAAAAUUUAUCAAUAAAGAAAGUUCUCAUAAAAAAUUAAUAGAAAUAGCAAAAGCAAGUAGCAUAUUAUCUAAUGGAGAGAUGGUAAAUGAUAAGUUGAUAUUUUAUAAUAAAACUAUAGAAGCAGUAAUAAGAAAAAUAUAUAAUAAAGAUAGAAAAGGUUUUUAUAAAAAUGAAAUGAAUUUACAAAAAAUAUCUCCUUUUUUUGAGUUUUUAAAAAAGUUAAAAGGGUCUUUUUUAUUUAAAGUGAGAUAUUUUCUUAAUAUUCUAAACAAAAAAAUUCUAAAGAUAUUUCAUAUCUUAAGACUAAAAAAAGUUAAUUGUUUCCAUUAUCAAAAUUUCCAAAAAGAAAAUUAUGAAAAAAAAAAAGACUCUUUAAAUAUGAUUAAACAUACCCCUGUUAAUGAAAAAGAGAAUGAAGAAACGACAACCUUAAAAAUGAUUUUUCAACUAUUUGAUAAUUUAAUAUUUCAAGAUGAAGAAACUAUAGGAAUCAUAAAAAAAUUAAUUUGUAACAAUAUUCCCUUAUAUGUAAAACCUGUGAAUCAAGAUAUUUUUAUACAUAAUUUUAAUAAUUUUUUUAGUAAUACACCAGUUGAUGUGGUUAUUUCCUUAAGAAUAGGACUAAUUGACUACCUAUUAUCUAUUGCAACUAAUUAUAAUAGCAAAAAAAAUUUUCAUAAAAAAGUUUUUUUUAAUUUUUUAUUGGAAUACUUAAGUUCCUUUUUCUUUUUGUAUAAUAUUAUUCAUCCAUUUCAAAAAAAUGGUAUUCAACCAUGGGCAUUAUCAGAAUCAGAAUUAUAUGAAUUUUUUAGUUAUAACAUUAAUUCAUUAAAAAAAGCUAUAAAUUAUUAUAACGAUUCUACUCAAAGAUGCGGAUAUUAA